AUGCCCCUGGCAGCUUUGUGGCAAUCCCACGCAGCCAAUGAAGCUGCUGCAGAACAUGACCUCCAACGGUUGAGGAAGCAGCAGCAAACCGCUAGGGCAAGGACGGCCUCUUUGCUUUCACGACAAAAGCGAAAGCUUGAGAAGGCGCAUGAAGCUACCAAGGAGGAGUACUUGAGCCCCAUUACCAGUGCCACUAUCCAGGAUUCAUCUGAGGACGUCGUCUCUUUUCAGCAAACAUACUUUGCCUCUGCAAGGGAGUGGAAUCCGUUGGACAAGGAUAGGAAAGUGAAAGCAACGGCAGAUGGCAGGAGUAGGGCUGUGUGGCUCUAUUUUCAAGCCUUUGCUGCAGCGGUGAAAUCUUUAUUUCUUGGCGACCGCCCAAUGAGCAGUGAGCCUGGAACCAUCUCACAUGUGAUAUCGAUCAACAUUAACGAUGACACUGACAUCAAACUGGCUACCGGUCGCCGUCGUUCGACAGAAGUUCGCUCUGUGAUGAACAACAUUCAGCACCAUAUUGUUGCUCAUGCUCACGGUCCAAGUUCUGGUCAUGGCCCAGGUGAAAGUGGAGGUCUUGACGCUGAGGGCAAGUCUGCCCAAGAGACUGGCCGUGCUGUGACGUGGUUUUGCUUUCACCAACCUCUUGUAACUUUGGGCUGCGCAGACACAAAGGGUGUUUUCUCUGAGUUCUUGUCCUGGACAUUGUGGCUUGCUGGCCAAUGUGGUUGGCGAAUGCUCCGAUUGGGGGUGCCAGCAAAUUUGUUUCAGCAUGUGCGCUUUCAUGUGCUCAUCUAUUGUGGUGACGCCCUGAGAACCAAUGACGCUGUUUUCAACCAACUUGGGAAGAUCAUCACUGCGCAGCCAGUCCAUGCUCCUCCUGGACAGCAAGGCAAAUCAACAUCCCUUCAAAUUCAUUGCCAAAUACACCAGCUUUGCCUGGUGCGAAAGACAUUGGCUUUAGGUUUUGAUGGCUACUGGUCGAAUUUGGUGCGACUGGGGCACUUGCUGGAGGGACACGGGUUCCGAAGUAAGUUCUAUUCUGCGAUGACAAAGGUGAUCCGGGACAGCUUUCAAUACUUUCCGGUUACGGAGCUGCCAUCUGACUUUGAAUCGUGGCAUCGGCUGAAAAUCAAACAGCUGAAGCUUUUCUCAGAUGGCGGGAACAAGGGCAAAAGCCAGUCUGCAUCAAGACGCUUGAGAACGCUCCACCAGCUCUUGCUCAAAGACAAUGGUGAGACGGACAAGGUCAUGCAAGUUGUCGACAAAUGGGCUCAGGCUGCUCAAUCAACCAACUCCAACUUAGCGGAGACUCUGGGGAACGCAGUGGAUGAGUUGCUGGACCAAGAGUCUUCUUUCGCAGAUCAGAACAGGAAACGACUGAAGCUGGUCAGUGCGGCAUUUGAGAAGCAGAACUUUGAAACGAUUGUCAACGUUGUUGAUGUGCUUUUGGAUCCCAUUGAUGUUGGUAUCAACCGCCUUCUUGAGCGCAGCUCUCUAUUGAAAACCCUUCGCUACAAUGAUGUCAGUGGACAGAACCGGAGUCUGGAAGAGGUCAGGGGCCGUUCGCAAACUAUGUUUUUGAAUUGGGCAUCUGGUCGCUUUGGGCGCUCAGUUGUGAAGGGGCUGGUUGCUCGGCUGAAGUCUUCUGAUUUGGGAAGCCUGCGCCAGAACCAAAGCAUGGGCAGUGAGUCUCUUUCACAAACAUGCUUUCAGCUGGUCAUGUUUGCCACCUCAGACGUGUGGCGGCGAUGUGUCUAUGCGGUGCAAGCUUUUCCAUACUGCUUGUUUGACUUGGUAGAGUGCACAGCUGAAGAGUUCAUGACAAAGUGGGCUGGUUUUCAGGCGGCUCUGCAUCAGGGCCAAUCCUGCAUCGAUGCCACUUUCAGUGCACGCCUGUUGCGCGCUUACAACUUCGCUGAUAUGACUGAGGAUGCAAAGCUGGCACGCGCUCAGGAAAUCCAACGUGUGCUUCGAGACAUUGCAGUGUAUUGUCCUUUAGCCACCGAUGCUGUGGAAAACCUGCACGGCGCUCAUCAGUGGGCUUUGCACGUUGCUCGUGGCAUGUCGAAAUCAUCCAGUGUGGCCGCACAGUCUAGUGUCCUAGCUUCACUGCAGAAUGAACAUGCCCACUUGAAGUCCGUUGUGGAUGCAAAGACUUACCCGAGGAAGUAUCAAAUUGCGAAUAGUGCCAAGCAGAUGGGCCGCAGCAAGGGCAAAGUGAAGCAGAAAUGUCCAAAGGUCAGGGUAGUCAAAGCUGCUCGCCAAAAGAGGCGAUCCGUGUGUGGCUGGAAUCUUUUUCAGCGGGAGAGAAUGCAACAUCACGGAUGCUUGUCCCCUGCAGAGUAUCGGAGUGCUCUCAAGGACAUUGGUCAGGCAUGGAAGUGUCUCCCACCGGGGAAAAAACAACAGUACCACAUGCAAGCAACCCAUGAGCAAGCCUGCCGUGAUGAGAUUGUCACACGGCCUCUGAGAUGCAAAGGGCAUGUGGAUCCGACCGACAACACAGAACACCUGGAGAAAGUAGCAGGUCAGGUGCUCAGUUUCUUUGCUCGGCUCUCCUUAUCUUUGACUUUGAACUUUUUCUUACUCUACGACUUUAAGACGGACUGA